AUGUGCGAACAGCUGCGGGGAGAAACCUGGGAGUGGGGGACCUCGCCGGGAGGAGAGGAGGAGACCGCUGCUGCUGCUGCCGCCUUAAGUAGGAAGAGAGGGAAGGACACCAAGCAAAAAAUGCUCCAGGUCAGGAUUCGGAUUCUUGAAUUACUCAAAGCCUUCUCUGGGAAGAAAGGGAAUUCUGACAAAGCACAAUUCCAUCCUUAUGGGGUCCAGAGCUCUAUAUUUCCACCUACUAAUUCUAACUCUGCCAGCUGGAACAACACAUGUUUUCAUCAUGAAAAGCAAGCUCUCCUUUUGGCAUCAGAAAGAGCUGGCCCAUGGACAGCAGGUCCCCCUUUCCUGCAGAGUCCAUUGAGCCCAACCAGAGAUCAGUGUUGGGUGUGGAAGACAGUGUCCUCUGCAGAAGAACUGCAGUUAUUUGCUACAAUGUAUAAUCUGUUUCCAUGUAGCCACACAGAGGAGCACAUGGCAGAAAUUUUUAGCACAGAAUUUUGUAACCAGUUCUUUCUAUUUAUCAAAACUCAGUCUGAUAGUGAAGACUUACAUCAAGUCCAUCCCAAGGGACUGCUGGCGACCCAGGGCAAGGCCCGCAGGUGUGGCUCUCCCUGCGGGGACAGUAGGACAGGAUGUGGAUUUCCAGGCCAGCGGCUUCCAAGCCUGGGGGCGGCUGCCGCCCCGGCGCCCGAGACCCGCGAGCACCUCUUCAAGGUGCUGGUUAUCGGCGAGCUUGGAGUGGGCAAGACCAGCAUCAUCAAGCGCUACGUCCACCAGCUCUUCUCGCAGCACUACCGGGCCACCAUCGGGGUGGACUUCGCCCUCAAGGUCCUCAACUGGGACAGCAGGACUCUGGUGCGCCUGCAGCUGUGGGACAUCGCGGGGCAGGAGCGAUUUGGCAACAUGACCCGAGUAUACUACAAGGAAGCUGUUGGUGCUUUUGUAGUCUUUGAUAUAUCAAGAAGUUCUACAUUUGAGGCAGUCUUAAAAUGGAAAAGUGAUCUGGAUAGUAAAGUUCAUCUUCCAAAUGGCAGCCCUAUCCCUGCCGUCCUCUUGGCUAACAAAUGUGACCAGAACAAGGACAGUAGCCAGACUCCUUCCCAGAUGGACCAGUUCUGCAAAGAACAUGGCUUCGCCGGAUGGUUUGAAACUUCUGCAAAGGAUAACAUAAAUAUAGAGGAAGCUGCCCGGUUCCUAGUGGAGAAGAUUCUUGCAAACCACCAAAGCUUUCCUAAUGAAGAAAACGAUGUGGGCAAAAUUAAGCUAGAUCAAGAGACCUUGAGAGCAGAGAGCAAAUCCCAGUGUUGCUGAUAGGGCUUCUGCUUCUCUCGUGUGUGCCUCAGCUCUGAAGAAGUUCCUGAGAAUGGGUUAUGGGUGUCAUGUUAGCUGUGAGUCUUCCCACAGGUGGCACUUCAAAAGGCAGCACCACUGAGUGCCUGCACUUAUUUGAAAAUGGAACUUUGGGAGAAGUAUCCCUGCCAGUGGCUCUGUAACUUAACAGAUGACAAUUAGGCUUUUGUCAUUGUUGCCAUCAUAUGGAAGAUAAUGUUUACAUCCUUUUAAACAUCUUUUUAUAUGACAGUUCCUUAGGAUUUGGUAAGCCUUCCAAGUUGUAGCUUUUAAUGUAAGUGCUGGGGUGGUAAUAAAAUGUUACCUCCA